GAGAGUAACUGCCUUUACCUUUACAUGUUAUGUUAUUGUCAAGAAGUGAGCAAAAUAUGAAAAACAAUACAUCUUUGUCUGUGAAAAACUGACGUAAUAUGACAGUCUUAGUGUGGCUAAAAAAAAAAGACCUGGAGGCCAUCAACUGUAUAUUAGGAGAGAAUAGAGUUUUAAUUAAAACAAGGAUGUAUGUGAAUUCAUUGGUAUAAUGUGAAUGUUGUGGGUUGGAGACGCACGUCAGCAUAGCGCUAGUUGACACCUGUAAUUAAACUGACUUUUAGACCGGAAAGCUCUAAAUUUAAUGGGCUGUGUUGUCAUUGGUGUUUGAAAUGAUUUUUUGUAUUUAGGUAUGGUUAACCUUGUUUGUUUUUUCAACAGCAAAAAAAAAAAUUCAGGUAUAAAAUGGUAUGGAAAUAGUUUUCUUGCCGGAUGAAUGUGUUUUGUUCUUUGUUGGCGAGGAUAAUGUAAUAUUGUGAUUCUAUUUUAAUCUGCUGGAAAAUAUGUUGAGAGGCUAUUCACAUAGCUUGUCUUGCUGCGUUACAGUUAACUAGUGAUAUUGAAUGCCAUCUAAGCUAUUAAGAUAACAAAUAGUUGGAGUGGCACAUUUUUAAUCUGGAGGUGAAGGUCAUGGAAUUUGAAGGUGAAGGUCAUGUAUCUUUGUCUGCAGACUGACAGCUGUGAUUGAGAAUCAUUCUGUACCACAGUUCUUGCUCUGUGUGGGAGAUAGUUUAUUCUUUGAUGUUUCUUUGGACUUAAAUUGCCUCCUAGACGCUAGGCCUGGUUAAUAAGAUGUUGACCUGACCAGUUUCUGAUUUCUGAUGGGUAACCACAUGACCACGUCCAAGGAACAAGUAAGCCCUGAACAAAAGAAUAUGGAACCCUCCGGGGAGCCCCCAAACUCAGAGGUGGGAACGGAGUCCUCGGCCUGUAUCAAGGAAAAACUGGAUAAUUUAAUAGAAGGCUAUCUGAAGUCCACAGAUGCCAAAUACAGUGAUAAACAGGCCUCUGAAGACACAUAUAAUAAAAAGGGAAUCUUAUUUGACCAAAAUGUUCUAAAGACAGUGCAAAAGAAGGUCGAUAAUAAUAAUAAAGAAAUAGUCACUAAUGGAACAAAGGAGAGCACUAGUGAGACCAUUAAAAAUGGCAGUGAAUGUAGUCAGGAUAAAUCUACUCCAUCUAAGACAGAGGCUGAGGAAACGUCGUCCAAUGCAGCCUCCUUUGAAAGUAUGAUUGAGCGAGCAUUAAAUGACUCGAUGAAAAACACUGAGGAGACCUAUGAAAAGACACGUAUUUUAGAAAUGUGUGAAGAAGAUCAUAAAGCUCAUCCAAACAGUGAUUCGGAUUUCAGAAAGAGCGACAAUGAUAAAAUUAGUGACGACAUGAGUCUUUCUAAGAAGAAUGUCAUGUUUCUGAAAGAUCACAUAGAAAGGGUUUUAGAGAAAAACUUUCCAAGUGUCGGAAGCAAAAAGGAAGACACAAACGAGGAAGGAAAACUGCCUGUAAAACCCAAACCUAAGCAGCCAUUACCCGCCAUAACACCAGGACUGACGCUCGAGCAACACAUGCAAAAACUCAUCGACGAGCAUCUGAGUAAGGAGAACUUAUCUACUGAGAGUGAGUUACCAACUCGACCCAAGUCAAGUAAUUCGUUACAAGGUGACCUUAAGAAAAGUGUGACAACCAGCAGUGUUUAUGAAUCUGUUGACAGUUCAAAGCACCAAACAGUAAAUGCUGUUAGCAAACCCCAGCCGGCUCUCCAAUCCCAGUCCAAGUGUCAUAGUGUAGAGACAGUGGUAGAUCGCAUCAUUAAAAAAGCUGUUAAUGACAGCUUUCCUCCUCAAAAACCACAGCAUCAUCCAAAAGAGCAAAGAUGGAAAAACUUGCGUGAUGAGAUUUAUAGUGAAUGUGAUUUGGAUCCUCCUAAAAAACGUACGGAGUACGACGCGGGUUCUUUUCCAAAUCACGUCGAGGAGAACAGGAUUAGAAACCAGGAUAUAAAAUAUCCUCAUCAACAGAAGGUGCUAAUUGCUGGAAAGGGGAACAAUCAUAUGGAUAUGUUUCACACUCCCCCCCAGUCUCAGUAUUUUUAUCCUCCAUAUGUGAAACCAAACCUACAUCACCCGGUAGCUUAUAAACAGGACCAUAAGUUUGACAACAAACAUGAAAGUCAGUCAAAAUAUCUUGGAUAUCCGGUUAAGGGUUGUGAGAAAUCUGGACGACCGGUGUCUGGUAGUGAUGGUUUUCAGAGGACCAGAGUGGAUAUGGGUCCUCGGUCUUCUAUGGGACCUCAUCACAUGCAUGACGUUCACAUGAUGCCACAUAUGAACUCCCAUUAUCCUCCCUCAGACAAAUCAAAAUACCCUCAUCCAUCUAUGGUCAGAUAUCCAGCUAAACCAAUGGAGGAUUUGCAGUCAGGUAUUCCAUCGGCCAUGGCACCAGGUCCUUCACCACCACAACGAUAUUGUCAUCAGAAUUCUCAGUUUCGGAUGCCUCAGCUCUACCCUAACAACCCUCCCAUACCCUCUCCAAGAGAAUAUUUCAAUAGUCCCACAAGCACAAAAGACCAUUUAUUAGUGCCAGCUAAUAUGUAUGCAAAUAACAGGAACACGGUCUCCAAGUCACCAGUCAUGUCACGUUCAUCACCCAAUCACCACCCUCCCUCCUCUCCCAGAAGCCCUCGUCAACCCAGUCCAUCGGUGUACCAGCAAACCAAGCCAGAGGUGAAGCAAGGCUGGCAGAGGCAAGAUCUCUCACCAGUUAGUCCAAAUCAUUCACGGAAGAGGGAUGCUUCAGGAUUGGAUUUGUCUGUGAAGCAGACGUCACAGUCUGGAAAUGAGGAUCAACCACUAGAUCUCACUUGUAAGAGGCCAAGAGCCUCACCAUCAUCACAUUUUAAUCCAGGAUAUCCCUUGUACCCAGCUCAGAUGGAAAAGCAGCAUGAUAUAUCCAAAAGUAUACACAUUAGUCAGUUACAAAACAGCAUGGAUAAAUUCUGUCAACAGGCUAGUACAGAUAUGCCUGCAGGCAGAGUACCUCCCCCAGUGAAAGGUCAUGAACAUUUUCCACCUUCUGUGAUGAUGAAUCAUCCACACUGGCCUAAUGUUCCUCACCCAGGGGGUAAGCAGAAUAUUCCACCGGUGGUGCCCAACCCUGGCCCAGAAAGACCAGAGGUGGUGCGGCCUCACCCCAUCCAUCAGCAGCAUUUACCUCGAAUGCCUAUCAGGCCACCUAUGCCUCAUCAUCUUCCUCAGGAGGCACCUGAGUCCCCAACAGAUUCCAACUCCUCAGGCAUCAAGAGGUCGGGAAGUGUGUCUAGACAUGAACCUAUACAAAACAUUAUUGGUAACCACUCACCAAGUGACAUUUUAUAUCUCAUUUGUAGACUGUGUAACCAAACCUACGGAAGUCCAUAUGGAUUUAGGAAACAUUUCAGAAACCAGCAUGGAUUUGAACCAAGGUCCGAACACACAAUUGUACAAACAAUAUCAGGCACUAAGGCCCUUCAAGCACCUCCCAUUGGACCUCAUUUUGAGAUGCAUGGAAUGAAUCAGAUGGGAAUACCUUCUCAUCCAUCCCCAAACCCAAAAUGUCAGAGUCCAAGGGAGUACUCCUCUCACAGUCAUUCUCCUAAUAACUAUGAGAGGCCCCCCAGUGCUAUGACUCUCCGACAGAGUGCUGGAAGUGUUGGCUAUCCACCAUCAAAUCAUGAAAACAGAAGACCUGAGAGCGUGCCAAGCAUAACGGUAAAUGAAAGUGCUGCAACUGAUCCUCAGAGACCAAAUAUCAAGCCUGAGGAAAAGUUGGAACAGCAACAAAAAAGUCCCAAAUAUUUGGAGUGCCAUGAAUGUGGACAAACAUUUCAACUCAACGAUUUUGGAUCUUACAAGAGACAUUGUCGAACACAUGGUAACCCCAGGAUGGAUCCCUUCGUAGGUGGAAUUAAUGAUAGCUCUGUCCCUCUACAUCCAGCGGAUGAUUUCAAAACAUCUAAAACACUGACUAAAGAAGGAGAAACAUUAAUAGAAGUGUACGUGUGUAAAUACUGUACAUUCACAAGUAAGCUCAGUGCUCCUCUGGAAGAUCACAUUUCCCAACAGCAUCCAGAGAAGCAGAGAAAGCUUAUAUGUAUAUUGUGUAAUGGAAAGUUUCAUCUUUACGAACAGUUCAAAAUACAUAUGGAAAAAAUGCACAAUCUCACUGCUCCCAGUUACUCCCAGUUCAAGUGUCCCGAGACAUCCAUCGAAAAAGAUGAAAAAAUCUUCAUCAAGCAGAAGAGUGAAGGAGUAACUGAGGCAGAAUCAUUGAACAUUCCCAGUGACUUGAACAAAAGUUAUAAAGCUAUUCCAGCAUCACAGGUUACCAAAAUGUCUGCAGACAAUGCAAUCACAUCAGCUAGCCCAGACAGCAGUUGUGAUCCCAUCUCUUCCUCACAAGCAGACAGCCAGACAAAGGGAUUGGUCACAACCUCCCUCAAUUCCACUACUGAGGUCAAGUCAGGUCAUAAGUCCCAACCAGAUGUUGUCUCCAGGCAAGUCAGCUGCGAUUCAGAGUCUGAUAAAUCCAUGGAUUAUACUGAAAUGAAAUACCUUCAUAAGAAAUUCAAAAGGAAAGCAUUUUCAUCAGAGAAAAGUGAGAGUCCGGAGAGUAAGAAAGUGAAAACAUCGUCUGGUGUUGAUAGUCCCUGCUCCAAUUCCUGUGCAAGUCUGGACUCAGAUUCUAAUUCUGUUCAAAUGAAAGAAGAUAGUGAAGGUUCAGGCACAGACGUUUGUCAGAAAUCAUUGAGCAAAGGAAAGCUGGAUAGCACGUCUGCUGCAGAGUCGACUCAGAGUGAGGCUCGACACCAUCUCCCAUUUGUGUGGGAUAGAAUUACUCGGAGCCAAGUAGGCAAAACUGUAAAGCCAGCAAAAUAGGUUCUUUAAAACACUGUCUACAAAAUCUGUGACAUGCCAAAAUUUUCAUGGAAGGAAAAAAGGUGCUAGGUUGUGUCAUUUUUUUUUUCAAAUUGUGCUAAGAGAGAUAACUCAAGUUUUGUGUUCAGAUUGCUCACGCCCAGAACCGAGUGAACGUCCUUAGAUGAUUUAUAGGAAAUUAUAUAUUUUUUUGUUCCAUUUGUUGAUCAAAUGAAUUUUUUAUGAACAUUCAAUGUAAACCAUUUCUGUUCAAGUUAGACGAGCUUGAAGCCUGUAAAUACUGAAAUAGUGACUAGCUUUCAUUCAGAAUGAGAGGUAUAUAUCAUAUAUGAGAAAUUCUUCAUUCAAAGUAAAAUGACAAGUUAUUGCAUUUUUUGUGUUAUUGGAGUCAGUACAUGUUUGAUGCCAAUUUUUUUUUCAAUAAACAUGGGGUUAAGUCAAUCCAAAUUUAGACAUAAUGAUAACAUUCACUAUGAAUUAUUUGAAAAAAAAUUCUUUCAAAAUGAAGAACUCAAAAAUUUUCUGUUUUAUUUAGUGGCUGAAGCUAUUUCAAAAAUUAGUUACAUGCAUGCAUGUAUUUAUUUUAGAGUUAAGUUUAAUGAAUGUUAAAAAAAAAACUGUACAGUUUCUCUCAAUUUUUUUUUCUAAUUAGUUCAAUGUAACACCACCAGCAGAAAUUUUGCUUUUGUUACAAUGUUUAUUAAUACAAGUUAUUUUCUGUUCAAAUAAAAAAGCAUAAAAAUAUAGACAAAUAUUUUUUUUCAAAACUCCUUUUUUUAAUGUGCUAAUGUAACCGUCCAUUAUGUUUUAUCUGUUUGCUUGUUUUGCUGACGUAUUGUCAAUUUUCACUGUAACAUUUAUCCAACAAUAAGAUCAAUUGAUUGUGUCAAACACAUUCAUAUUUCAUCAUUCAUUAACACUUCCAGACUUUAUAAAUUAGUGCUUGAGAAUUAGGUCUAAAUGUAUUAUUAUUGUGAAAUGUAGAUAAAAUUCUAAAGAUAUAUAUUUUUCUCCAGUAUAGACCUCAUCAAUGUAGAUUGAAAGACUGCUCUUUUUGUUAACGUUUUUUUUUUUUUUUUGCCAAUGCUUUAUUUGUACAUGCAGUUAUGUUUUUAUUUUAUAGCUGCCAUUAAAUGGCAACAUAAUCCAAGAUUCCUAAGGCAUUGUUUUAUGAAGAGAUUGUGAACUAGUUUUGUUUGGUAGGAUUGUUAGUGAUAAGUAUGUUCAUUUCUGUUCUCAUUUUUAUUUUAAUGUUAUGUGUUAGGCCUUGCCAUUGAAACAUGAGCCUUUUGAUAGUUACUGCCCCUUGUUAUACAUUACAUAUUGUAGGUAUAUGAAUAAGAUUUUAAUUUCAUUACGUUUAUGUCUCUAAGCAUAAUAGAACUGAGUGUGGAUGAACCACCACUAAAAAAGUGUUCCAUGUCAUGUCUGCAAUAGGAAAAAAAUAAUUCUGUUUUAAUAUUUGACAUUAUUUCAAAUACUCUGUAUGAGAAAAGUGAUAUUACUCUUUUUUACAUCAGGGCAUGAAUUAUUUUAAAAAAUGGCUGAUUUAAUUAUCAAUCAACUCAUUGUUUAACUUAGAGCAGCUGUGGAAAUGCAGACCAUUUGUGUUAGAUGAUCACAUUAAAGAAGAAUGUGACGUAAAAUUGAUGUACUCGAUAUUCGAGAUCUUAAUGUUUACGUGUGAAUCUAAAUAGCAUAUUGGAAUUGGAAUUUCCUCAGUUACUUUUUCUGUACUUUGAUAUGUAGUAAAUUGUUACAGAAUUGUCUAAAAAUAUUGGUAAUUCAUGAAAGCUUAGUAUUUGGUUCAAUUUUAACAAGCAUUAUUUCAGUUAUUUUCAGUGAUAUGUAUUGAAAUAUCUUCUUAGUUAAUGGCUAGUCAUUAUAACAUUUUAUAAAGGAAAGAUUUUGUUAAUGAGGUCAUUAAAGAGAUUUUCCUUGCCAAAAGUGUAGUAAAGAAUGUUACUUUAUCGUAAAAAUUACAAGUAAAGUAUCAGAAUUGAU